UCAGACCGACUGGCAUUCUGUUUUGGAAUUCAACGCUCUACGGACGUUGCGGCUGCUCCGAGUAUCGAAAUCCGAAAUCCGAGUUCGUCGUAUCUUGUAUCUCGCGGGUGUUUGGUGCCGUUUAUCACGCUAUCACAGCAACAGCAAUACCACAACAAGAGCAACACCAGCAGCAUUUCUACUAAUUAAAUGCUAAAGUGUCUGUGUGUCAAUUGAAUCUGUACGACAUUUGAUUAAAUUAAAAUACAAUUCACAAAGUUCCCGAUCCGGAGGCCACCUUAUCUGGACCGCGACAUUUUUUAUAAAGGAUAUUCAGUGGCACACUCUCCUUUUUUGGGAUAAUUAAAUCGCCGAGUGUGCGGGUGUGUGGGCACGGGCAUCCUUUCCGGCCAAGUGGAGUGUGUGUGUGCAGUUAUUGUGGAGGAAUUUCUCAUUAGACCGGCGCUAAAAGGAUUACGAACCCGUUCAUCUUCAUCAGACCUGCAGUGGACCGAACAGAGUUCUCGACCGGAAACGUGACUUUUCCAUCUACCAUUGGCAUUAACCCAAUUCCGAAUUCAGUUAACCUCGGCAACAGAUCCAGAAAUCAUGAUGUCGCACCAACUGCAGCAGACACGUCGCCGGCUGGGAUCCGUGAGUGACUCGGCGCCGCCAUCAGAGUCCAGCGAUGGCACCGGCUCGUCCUCGGAGCCCCGGGAGGAGCUGAUCCUACACGCGGACUGGUCCGCCCACUCGCACUCCUCAGCUCAGAGGAGCAGCGCCCAUGGCACCACCUCGCUGUACAACGCCUCGGACAUCGACGCGGACACCAUCAGCACGGACACCACCAGCAACACAAACCUCUCGGACUACGAGCGCGGUCAGGUGGAAAGCUUCUUCGGUGGACUGGGCACAGAGAUCUUCGUUAGCGGCGCUCUGGCCAAUCUUUAUGAGGGCACCGGCAACGAUGGCGACUGGCGCCUGGUCUUCACCGGUAUCCCGGUGAUUCUUCACGACAAGGGCAACUCCCGGGCCCGGGCCAUGCCCCGGGUGACCCUGGUGCUGGCCGAGCGGGGCUCGUGCUUCGCCCUCUGGUCGGACAGGAUCGAUAAUCUGUCCAACUACCGGAUCGCCGGACCCUCCUUCCACACCAUGUGCCUUUCGAGCAACCACCAGCAGAUGAUCGGCUUCAGCUUCGACUCCACGGAUGCGGCCCGCGAGCUGUGGCAGCACGUGGAGCGGCUGGUAAGCGACCCAGAGAACAUAGCCCUGACCGUGUCCGGAGGCGGCCGGAAGCCGAAGAAGCAGAAGCGCGCAAAGCCGGCCCCCCUGCCGCCCAAGUCACAGAUUUCGCACCCGUGCCAGUUCCAUCACGUGACCAGCGUGGUGAAGGAGGACUCCGAGCGGUACUACAGCAUGCAGGCCUUCGGGCCGCCAAAUCCCCAGCAGCAUCGUUGAGUAGGGUCGGGCGCGUGGAUCUGGAACACGAGCGCCCUCUGGUGGCAGAACUGAGCCGGCCCCUCCACCCUCGACCUCUGACCCACUGCACCACUGAAAAAAAAUCCAGCAAAUCACCCGUAGGUUAUAGUUUUGUUAUAGGCCGUUAUACAUAUGUGCGGAAGUGGCACAUUUAUCUGUGAUACGAUUUAGGCGUCUUUAAUUUUUAGAUGAAAAAAAAAUCGAGUAACUGACACAAGAUUUAAUAUAAAAUUACAUUUUGUAAGAAACACAAAAGUUAGAAGAAUUACGGAGAACCCUUCAUAGCUAUUAACAAUACACAUAUUACUAUUAACGUUUUUGUAAACCCUUUUCUAGUAUCGAACACUUAACCAUAAUUAUGUAUGAAUAAAGAUAUAUACCAUAUAGUCCGA